AUGACGCGGCCGAAGAUGCUCGACUACGUGUCGACGCGCGAGGAGCUCAUGAUGCGCGCCGACGAGGUUGGGAUCGACAAGACGUUCGACCUCGAGGACGCUGUCGCCGGCCACCAGUACCUCGAGGCGGGCAAGAGCAAGGGCAAGCUGCUCUACAAGAUCUAA